CCAUGGUUUUCUUACACCAGCCAUCUCUCACAAGGUAAGCUCCCGAAGACGCUAAAACAACAUCAUCAAGUCUUUGAGGAAAAUGUCUCUUGUCAAAGAAGACAUCAAAGCCAAAGCUGAGGUCUACUAUGGAGAUGAAAUGGGAAAAGAGAAAUCUCAAGAAUUGCUCAGAGAAGUAGGCUUGCCGAAUGGUCUUUUGCCCUUGCACGAUAUUGUAGAGUGCGGGAUUGUGAGGGAGACAGGGUUUGUGUGGCUCAAGCAAAAGAAGAGCAUAACCCACAAGUUUGAGAAGAUUGGCAAGCUCGCUUCCUAUGGAACUGAAGUCACAGCUUAUGUUGAACAAAACAAGAUCAAGAAACUGACUGGUGUGAAGACCAAAGAGCUUUUGCUCUGGGUCACACUGAGUGAUAUCUAUUUGGAUGAUCCACCAACUGGAAAGAUCACUUUCCAGACUCCUACUGGGCUCUACAGGACUUUCCCUGUGUCAGCUUUUGUGGUUGAAGAAAAAGGUAAAGCAGCAACCUCAGCAGCGGCAGCGAAGGAUGUCAAGGAAGAGAAGAAGGAUGAUGUCAAGGAAAACAAGGAAGUCAAGGGAGUGAAUGGAGCCGUGGAGGUGAAGGAGGCCUAAGGUUCUUAGUCUUCAGUGAUAAAGAGGCCUUCAUCUGGUCUGUAUUACUAUCAAUUUCAAUGUAUUAUUACCUCUUGCUAGUGUUUACUGGUAAUAAAGUACAUUAGAGUUUAAUUUUUCA